ACUGGGUUGCCCCAGCUCAAUUCCCUGAUCUAGCUUUUUGUUUCAUUUCCCUACCCUAUCCCCAAAGCAUUAAUAAUAUUAUAGUGAGAGGCUGCUGAGGGCUGCAGUGAUCCAUGUAUUCCUCAUUUUGGAGUCUUAGCCUGAAUGCAUCUCUAUGAAAAUUAUAACGAAGGUAGAAUCAUGAUUUUUAUGUCAACCAAAAGAGGUAUCAGUUAAAACAUAAUACAACACUAGAUUGAAAGUAGCAAUAACUGGAUUCUGCUAUCUUCCUCUGACCUUGAAAAAGACAUAACAGGCUGGGUGAGGUGGCUCACGCCUAUAAUCCUAGCACGCUGAGAGGCCAAGGCAGGAGGAUUGCCUGAACUCAGGAAUUCCAGACCAGCUUGAGCAAGAGCUGGACCCUGUCUCUACAAAAAACAGAAAAAUUAGCUGGUUGUGGUGGUGCAUGCCUGUGGUCCCAGCUACUCGGGAGGCUGAGGCAAGAGGAUUGCUUGAGCCCAAAAGUUUGAGGUGGUUGUAAGUGUACUGUACCCAGGGCAACAGAGUGAGACUGUUUAAAAAAAAAAAUGUAUGUAUAACUUCUCUGCAUGUUUCUUCUCGAGACCUGGGGUAAUGUGUGUUUUCUAGUGCUGUUAUGUAGAUGAAGUAAUGUACAUGAAGUUUUCUGAACUCCUUAAGAAAUGAUGUCAAAGCAGUGAAAUGCAGUGCUGUUAUUACAGUAAAAAUGGCAAGGUAGAGGAGAGGAGGAGAAAGAGAUAGGUGUACAUUCUCUUCCUUUAUAUUCUAAUCUUACUAGAUGUUGGUGGGUCCUUUGAGUCCUCUUUCUAUUCAUUAGAUUGCAGUGUGUGUGUGUGGGGGAAGUAUUUCAUUCUGGGGUGCAGGAAGAAUGCCCUUUACCCGCUGAAACUGUGUUCAUCAGGAAGGCCUUUGUAGGCAUCACCCAGUGUGUUGUGCUUAGUGAUUGCAGGAUCUGCAAAUAGAAGACAGCCUCUUUCUCUCCUCUGCCCAGGACAGGAAGCCAUGGACUGUGUGUGCGCCUCCAGGGCUUGCCUGCUUCUCUUUCACAGAACCCACCGCCUGGUGCCCGGGCUCCUCUGACCACCAUUAUUGAGAAAGGAAAGUGAAUCCAAAGCACCUGGUGCUUUCCACCAAGCUUGUGAAGUCCAGCUGACUGGAAGUCCUUUUGGAGCAGCCCAGCAGUGUGAGCACAGUUGUGACUGCCCCAUCAGCUAUGUCCUUCAGUGCCACCAUUCUCUUCUCCCCUCCCGGUGGCAGUGAGGCCAGAUGCUGCUGCUGUGCCUGUAAGAGUGAGACUAGUGGGGGCACCGCAGGCUCUCAGGGCGGGAAUCCUCCUCCCAGCACCCCCAUCACAGUGACAGGACACGGCCUGGCCGUUCAGAGCUCAGAGCAGCUCCUGCAUAUUAUCUACCAGCGGGUGGAUAAGGCAGUAGGUCUGGCUGAAGCUGCUCUGGGUCUGGCCAGGGCCAACAAUGAGUUGUUAAAACGUCUCCAGGAGGAAGUGGGUGAGCUAAGGCAAGGGAAAGUGUCCACCCAUGAUGAAGAUGGGGAAAGCCGGGCACAUAGUUCCCCACCUGAGGAACCUGGGCAUCUCAAGGAGAGUCCUGGGGAAGUCUGCAAGGCUCUGUCUGCUGUGGAGGAAGAGUGUGACAGCGUGGGCAGCGGUGUGCAGGUGGUGAUUGAGGAGCUGCGGCAGCUGGGAGCAGCCUCUGCCGUGGGGCCUGGGCCUUUGGGCUUCCCAGCCACUCAGAGAGACGUGCGGCUCCCGGGAUGUGCGCUGGCAGCCAGCGAGGGGGCCUCUCUGCUCAAUCCCCUGGUGGAUGACUUUGUGGCCUCUGAGGGUACAGUACAGCGAGUGCUAGUCCCUGCUUAUGCCAAGCAGCUCUCACCAGCCACACAACUGGCUAUCCAGCGGGCAACCUCAGAGACAGGGCCAGAAAAUGGAACCAAACUGCCACCACCCCGCCCUGAGGACAUGCUCAAUGUUGCUGCUGCAUUGGAUGGUGCCUUGGAAGAAUCAGGUCCUGGGAGCACCGGGGAGUUAAGACACUCUCUAGCAUUUACUGCUUCCCCAUGCAGGACCAAAGGGAGCGGGCAGAAGAAUUCCAGGCGCAAGCGGGAUCUGGUACUCUCUAAAUUGGUCCACAAUGUGCAUAACCACAUCACCAAUGACAAGAGAUUCAAUGGGUCCGAAAGCAUCAAGUCCUCUUGGAAUAUUUCAGUAGUAAAGUUCCUUCUGGAAAAGCUCAAGCAGGAGCUGGUCACCAGUCCCCACAAUUACACUGAUAAGGAACUUAAAGGAGCCUGUGUGGCAUACUUCCUUACUAAGAGGCGUGAGUACCGCAACUCCCUGAACCCCUUUAAAGGCCUGAAGGAAAAAGAGGAGAAGAAACUUCGAAGUCGCCGAUACCGGCUUUUUGCCAACCGAUCCAGCAUCAUGAGGCAUUUUGGACCUGAGGACCAACACCUGUGGAAGGAUGUGACAGAAGAGCUGAUGUCAGAUGAAGAGGACAGCCUUAACGAGCCAGGUGUUUGGGUGGCCCGCCCUCCCCGAUUUCGGGCCCAGCGCCUCACAGAGCUCUGCUACCACCUGGAUGCUAACUCUAAGCAUGGCACCAAAGCCAACCGUGUGUAUGGGCCUCCCUCAGACAGACUACCUUCUGCUGAAGUCCAGCUCCUUCCACCAGAACUUUACAAUCCUAAUUUCCAAGAAGAGGAAGAUGAGGGAGGUGAGGAGAAUGCACCUGUGUCCCCAUCUUUUGACCAACCCCACAAAACCUGUUGUCCUGACUUGAACUCCUUCAUUGAAAUCAAGGUGGAAAAGGAUGAAUGAAAUCUGUUGCAGCAAAUAA